CCGAGCUUGGGUGUCCUGUUCUCCCAACGCCCACGUCUACCAUGCAAAAGGCCGAUCGAUUAUGCUCAGAGUUUGGACCGGCUUCUCUUUGAGUCUUCAUGAUUACCAUCACGAAGACACCAUUGGCGCAUCCAUUGUUGCAUAAGUAUAGAAUCCACAAUUGCAUUCGCCUCGCUCCCGCCAGAAUCGCCUUGGGGUAUUAUGCGACAGAUCUUUCCGUUGCUGCGUGAAACGUUUCGUUGCGAAUCACCACCCGCCUAGAACGCUGGGCAAGGCAACCAGCCGCCCACAGUGGUGGGCGGGCCUCCGCGUCAGACCCCAUAUCCGGGCGGCCACUGGCCGUCCAAAGCACCAUCAUUGAAUCCUCCACACAUCAUCAAUCAGGGUCCGGCUCAUCAGUGCUACCCACCCAAGGCCAUACAUUUUGAUCCCUGUCCCUCGCAUCAUCUGUAUCGGACAUAGGUACUCAACCGUCACCUUGGGUCUUUCGUCCCGUGUAUCUUCGUCCAUCACCAGACUCAUCCGCCUUCAAUACUGCUCAGACCACGGCGCCCUGUCCAGAGCAUCUGGAUCCCAAUGUCGGCCUCCUCGAUCCCUAACCUCUUGUCGCUGAGGGGGGCCAGAGGCGGUGCCCGUGGCCGCGCCCAGCGGCGUGGUGGGGGUGGCGGCGGCGGAGGGCCGUCAGCAGCCCGCGGAGCUGGUCACGACGCCACGAUUCAGGGCACAGACACCGACGCCGCUGUCUCGCGCCUGAGCGCGGUGGAACUGGGGUAUCUACGGGACCCGUUUGCCCACUAUUUCGUCCAGCAGGCCGGUCCAGGCCCUUCGACUCGCCGCCUGCCAAUCAUCAAUAGAGGAACUUACACACGCACCUCGGGUCUUGACACUCUUAUCGAACGCUUCGUCGCCGCGCCCCAGGGCGCCGACGAGGAGCCACAGGAGAGGCAGAUCAUCUCGCUCGGCGCGGGCACCGACACAAGGAGUCUUCGGCUUCUCGGCCGGCCUGGCGUCUCGGGCGUUGUCUACCAUGAAAUUGACUUCCCACUAAUCUGCGCAAAGAAGUUAAACAUAAUCAAGGCUCCCGCAUUGAGGCGCCUGCUCUCAACUCCUACAAUGGAGGACGACGGGUCGUCAUGGUGCUGUCAGACCUCCGACGGCAAGUCGCAGCUCCACUUCCAUGGACUGGACCUCCGGGAACUUGCCCAGCAGCCCGAGGAGUCGUCGUUGAAGGGCCUGAGGACAGACAUCCCGACCCUGCUGGUGUCCGAGUGCUGCCUCUGCUACCUUGAGACGUCCGAGGCCAGGGACGUGAUCAAGUGGUUCGCUGACAAGAUCCCCAACCUCGGCGUCAUCAUAUACGAGCCGACAAAGCCGGAUGACCCCUUUGGCAAGACCAUGAUCUCAAAUCUGGCAGCGAGGGGCAUUACCAUGCCCACCCUGCAAGACUACAGGCUGCCGGUGGACCAGGAGGCGCGGCUGAGAGCCUUGGGUUUGGAGCACGCGAGUCAUCUGACGGUAGACGACAUCUGGGCUAAAUGGAUUACAGAGCCCGAGAAGGAGAGAGUCGACUCGCUCGAGGGCCUGGAUGAGGUCGAGGAGUGGAAGCUGCUUGCGGGUCACUACGUGAUCUCGUGGGGGUGGAGGGGCUCCGGCUUUAGGUUUUGGGAGGACCUUUGAGCUGGAUGGAAGACGGAGUAAAGCUACCUGAAGACUGGCAAAGUCUGACCCAUUCCAUUAGCCAUGAUCGCAUACUGCCUAGGUACCUAGACAGGCCGGAUCAUCUAUACAUCAUUCGAGAAUGUGAUAACCGAAUAAACUUCUAAAAGAACAGCGAUUAGAAAUGCCAAUCGGAGCUGUGUCCCCAG